CAGGCUUCAGAACAAACUCGAAUUGCAGGAAGCAGAAAAAGAGCAACUCUUUAAAGAGCUAAAUGUGAAGGAGCAGGAGUGUUGCUUGCUUGUAAAUAUGGUGAAUCAUCCGCUUAACCUGGUUGGAGCUUCUAUAGAAAACCAAGACAGUGUCCGCGCCGCAAUUGUGAAAAUGCAUGCAAUGCUGCGUGAUAGACAGAAAGCAGUACUGGAAGCCUCAAGGACUGUAGAGAACCAAGCGGGACGCAUCCGUCAGCUGGAAGUUGAUGUAGCCAGGCUGAGCUCAAUAGCUGUGUCGAGAGGUCAUGAGCGGGAAAUCAUGGCUAUGGCAGGACUGAGCUCACCUUCUGAAGGACGUGCUUUGAGCUCAAAGUCCUCGCGAGGGAAAGUGAAAUCUGAUUUUAGAUCUCCCACCAGAGGGCGCAAGGGUCGGCGAACAGCACGUAUGCGCGGUGGUGGUACCAGAACUCAGUCUGACCCUGGCAUUGUGAGGCGGGUGAGGAGCUCUAAGCGUAAAAGAGGCGCUGCAGGGCCACAAGGUGGCCAGGGCCGUCCGGGCAAACGAAAAGGAACACAGAGCAGAGAGAGUGCUGGAAAAGGAGUACGACUACUUGGUGGACAUUCAUCUUUGACAUACCAGGGGUCCCAAACGGAGAGAUCUUCUGCAAGCGAGACUGAGUCAUUUACCACGGCAGCAAGGGCAAGCAAACCAUCUGUGCGGGGAGCAAAGAGCAACAGGAAAGGAGCACCUGUUCCGAGCCUUGAUGUUUCUAGUGUUAGGAAGGGGGGGGUGAAGAAGCGUCCAAAAAGUCGAGGAGGAAGGUCCAGAAUUGAGGAUUCCUCUCAAGGGGGGGGAAGUGACACUGCAUACCCACCGACCAAGCCAUCGUCCUAUAAAAGUCCGAAGUCCAAGUCCAAGUCAAGACCAGGGACAAAACUAGCCAUCGAUGUGAAGAGCAGCGGGUAUAAUACCAGCACGGGAGACCGAAGUCCAAUGUCUGGCUCCAGAACCUCUACUAAUGUAACUGUAUUGGGUGCGACAAGGGAGGGGACACCACAGCGAGGUGGUACUCGUUCGGCAAGUCCUGCAAUCAGCUCAACAGUAACUUCUACAAGGGUGACCUCAAGGGAAUCUUCCCCUGCAAAAGGGUUUGCUUCCUCUAUGAAAGGAAAAUCAGACAGGUCGACGCCUCGCUCCAACUCCAAGUCGCCCCUUCGGCCGUCUACUUCUCUUAGCCCAAAGGCAGUCUCCAAGACAGGAUCUCGUAAAACAUCUGGGUCACGGUCAAAUACACCUCAACGUUCGAGGUUUACGUCACCGGCAGAUCGAAAGGCAGAAAGUGACGGUACAGCAUGGCGAAGUAAGGGGCAAUCAUGACAAGGCAGGCUACACAAAGGCAGAAACGUGCCCAGCUAUAAUGAACACCCCUCGUUCAAGUUGUGUUGCUUUCAGCACUUGUGCUUGUACCAGGGCUUGGACAGAAAGGACAGAAAAUAAAUCACCAAAGCCAGA